AUGCCUUCCGAAAAUCCAGACGUACUUUUUUCCAAGAUUGUUAAAGUGGUUAGAGCUGCAUCCUCAUUAGCCAGUCAAGAUGUGGACUUUUAUAAAAAUCUAGAGAGGGAAUUCAGUAAUGUUCUGAAGUCAAAAUCAGAUAAGCUCACAGAUAUGGUAAAUGAAAUCAUCUUGUCUAUUGAUGAACAUCAUGAAUCAUUUGAACUUAAAGAAGAUGAAAUUUCUGGUUUAUGGAAAGAUUUCGGAAAUAUUAUGGACAACCUGUUAGAAAUGUCAGAUCAUUCACUAGAUAAAUUGAAUCACACCGCAAACUCAAAGGUAAGUGGUGCUGAGCUUCAAUAUUUAGGCGAUUUUUCAGGAAAGGACUCUUUAUCUACGAAAAGACUCGAAAAACCUCAGUUAAAAUUCAAAAAAUCAAUUGAUAAUAGUGAAAGUCAUCCGUUCAUACCGCUAUUAAAGGAAAAACCAAACGCUUUAAAGCCACUUUCUGAGAGUUUACGGUUGGCUGAGGCUGAGGAAAAUAAUCCCAGUCACUACCUCCAUCCGUAUGCGUAUGAAAUUGAUCACCAAGAAUAUAGCUCAGAUGUUCUUCAAAUAAAAAAGGAGAUUCCUUCCAAAUCCUGGGAUGACUCGGAACCAAUCUGGAUAGAUACAAAGACAAAGCUUGGAUUAAUGCUAGAGGAUUUGAAAAAUGCAUCUGAAAUUGCCGUUGAUCUUGAGCAUCACGAUUAUAGAUCAUAUUACGGUAUAGUUUGCCUUAUGCAGGUUAGUACAAGGGAAAGAGACUAUCUAGUGGAUACCAUAGAACUUCGUGAUGCCCUACAUAUUCUAAAUGAAGUAUUCACGGAUCCGUUAAUUGUGAAAGUUUUUCAUGGUGCUUUCAUGGAUAUUAUUUGGCUCCAGCGAGAUCUAGGGUUAUAUGUCGUUGGUCUAUUCGAUACUUAUCAUGCCUCUAAGGCUAUUGGACUUCCAAGACAUAGUUUGGCCUAUCUGCUAGAAAAUUUUGCCAAUUUCAAAACUUCAAAGAAGUACCAGUUGGCUGACUGGCGUGCAAGACCGCUUUCUAAGCCUAUGACCGCCUAUGCCAGAGCAGAUACUCAUUUCUUAUUAAACAUAUAUGACCAAUUAAGAAACAAGCUUAUUGAGUCUAAUAAGUUAGCAGGUGUCCUAUAUGAAUCAAGAAAUGUCGCUAAAAGGCGUUUUGAAUACUCAAAGCAUAGGCCACGAACACCUUCUUCGGAAGUUUAUUCUCCAAUCGAAAAAGAGAACCCUUGGAGAGUAUUGAUGUACCAGUACAAUAUAACUUCUGAGAAGGAAGAGUUGGUAAAGGAUUUAUAUCUGUGGAGAGACUUUAUAGCAAGACGGGAUGAUGAAUCGCCGAGAUUUGUCAUGCCAAAUCAAUUAUUAGCUGCUCUUGUCGCAUACGCACCAAUCGACGUCAUAGGUGUUGUUUCUUUGACUAACGGCGUAACAGAACAUGUUCGACAAAAUGCCAAAGUACUGGCUAAUUUAAUCGAGAAUGCAUUAGGAAACAUUAAAGAUACCAAUAAGAAAACUACUUCAAUUACUUCCUCCGAAUCCAAACCUGAUGGAAUUUCAUUAGAAGUUAUUACAAUUUCUCAAAUUCGUGAUAUAAUGGAAAGGUUUUCGCUUUUAUCCAACAGUGGCGUUAUCAACAAUCGAACCAAGACUGGUGAUAGUACAUCUUCCAUUCUCUUAGGUAAGACUCUACCAUUUGAAGAAUGCGGCAUAUCGUAUGGGAAAAAGGGCACACCAAAUAAAGUUAAAGUUGAAGACAUCAAGGCGCGAGCUCAGAAAUUUAAUUCUGCCUUAGCGGGUUUAGAGAACAUUAUGUUUGAAUUAGAGAAGCCAGUCACUGUUCCCGCUAGCGUAGAAAAGGGUGAGGCGGUAGAAAUUGAAUCUGCGCCUGAGCUACCAUCUAAAGCUGAGAGUUUCGAUGAUAUUAUUGUCUUGAAGAAGAAGAAAAUGCAUAAGAAGCAGCCAGCGAAGGGAAAAGAUAUGACGGUAAAAGAAGCCGUUGACUAUUCUAAGAUGCCUAGUGUCCUAUCCAGUAAGCCGGGCCAAAAUAGGAAGCAACAGAGAAAGAGAAGAUUUGAUCCUUCAUCAAACGAUAGUGAGGGGCCAAGGGCUGCUAAAAAGAAAAGACCUGCCCCUAGAGGUAAGAAUAUGUCUUUCAAAAGGUAA